AUGGACGAAUGGUGUAGCGAACCAGAACCGGACGGCGAUCCAGUAGUCCAGGGCGACGUUCUGCUCGUGCUUCCAGCGGGCGUAGGAGUCGGGGCGGAGGGGGGUGGGAGGAAGGUUGCUAGGUCGGGGAUGGAGGAGAGGGGGUGCUGGGACAUGGCGAGGAGGGCGGGCCAGGCCUGGGGGGAGACCAAGGGGGAGUAA